AUGUCCUCUCCGAAACCGCACAAAGCUAACCUCUGGAGUAUGAGGGAGCCCUCGGUCGACGCAGCGCAUGGCAGCAAAGAGUCCGGUUUGGAGAUGACCGUCACAGUGCCCAACGCCCAACACCAAUCGAUAAAUUCUGGCAAACCCGUCAGCGAUGGCUACGGCGGCAGGACACCGCCGUUACGGCACCGAGCUCAGCUGGACUCCGGCAGCCGCUUCGAGGAGAUCACCGUGGACACAGCUGUGACGCGCCCGGUCGCCCACAUGCCCGGGGUAAACUUCAACCCGCGGAUGUCAGUGUAUAGCGCUACGCGACCCGCCGUGAUCACCCGAGCCUACAUUCAAGGACGAGUGUACAACUUUCUGGAAAGACCGACGGGGUGGAAAUGCUUCGUGUACCACUUCGCAGUGUUUCUCAUCGUCCUGGCCUGUCUCAUCCUCAGUGUCCUGUCCACCAUUGACCAGUACCAGAGCCUGGCCCAGAACACUCUCUUUUGGGUGGAGAUAGUGCUGGUGGUCUUCUUCGGAGUGGAGUAUGUUGUGCGGUUGUGGUCGGCGGGCUGCCGCAGUAAGUACGUGGGCGUUUGGGGGAGGCUGAGAUUCGCCCGCAAGCCGAUCUCCAUCAUCGAUCUCAUUGUUGUGGUGGCCUCUAUAAUCGUGCUGUCUGUGGGCUCCAAAGGCAGAAUGGGGUCUACCUCUGCGGUCAGAGGGAUCCGCUUCCUCCAGAUCCUACGGAUGCUGCAUGUGGACCGACAGGGAGGAACCUGGAGACUUCUGGGAUCUGUAGUCUUCAUACAUCGGCAGGAGCUGAUCACCACGCUCUACAUCGGCUUCCUCUGCCUCAUCUUCUCCUCCUACUUCGUGUACCUCGCCGAGAAGGACGCCGUCGACUCCAGCGGGGUCACCGAGUUCGCCAGCUACGCCGACGCCCUGUGGUGGGGAGUGGUGACAGUCACAACCAUAGGCUAUGGGGACAAGGUGCCGCAGACCUGGAUCGGAAAGACCAUCGCUUCCUGUUUCUCUGUCUUUGCCAUCUCUUUUUUCGCUCUUCCUUCCGGGAUCCUGGGUUCUGGCUUUGCUCUGAAAGUCCAGCAGAAACAGAGACAGAAGCAUUUCAACAGACAGAUUCCAGCCGCUGCCUGCCUCAUACAGACGUGUUGGAGGUGCUACGCAGUGGAGAACCCCGACUCUGCCACCUACAAGAUGUUUUUGAGGAAGAAACCAAUCAUCCCCACCUCCUCCAUCUCUAGUCCUCUGCCCAAAAAGACGGUGAGGACGAGGAGGAAACUGAAGAGUGACAAGGACACGCUGAGUAAAUCUCCCACGGUCCCCAGCAUCAUCUACGACUCUGUGUUCGACGACACCAAGGAGUACUGCAGCGACAGCCCCACCUCUGGCCGACAGCAGACCUGGCCGUCACAGUCCUCUCUGCAGUCUAGUUCUCCAGGUCCAGUGAAAAGGAACAUGGCCCUGCUGGACAUCCAGUCCUCUCAUGCGUUGAAGAGGAACAGCAGCUUUGCCGACGAGCUGGAGCUGGAGGCAGAGAGCGUGCUCACGCCCGUCACACACGUGUCACAGUUCAGGGAGCCCCACAGGGCAGCAGUUCGGGUUAUUCAGAGGAUGCUGUACUUUGUGGCCAGAAAGAGGUUCCAGCAAGCACGCAAGCCCUACGACGUGCGUGACGUGAUCGAGCAGUACUCCCAAGGACACCUCAACCUCAUGGUGCGCAUCAAGGAGCUCCAGAGGAGGCUGGACCAGUCAUUGGGGAAGAUGACUUUGUUCCAGACCAGCUCAGAGCGGAUGCGGGACAAAGGCACCAACACCAUCGGGUCCAGACUCAACAGGAUGGAGGAGAAGAUGCAGCAGAUGGACCAGACCCUACACCGCAUCUCAGACACACUGAACCUCCUGCUGGCUCAGUCGGGGCAGAGGCCGGGCCCGGGGGGCGGAGCCGGGGGGCGGGGCGGGGCGGGGCACACAGCCGAAAUGUACAGCCUGCCCACCUAUGAACAGCUCACCAUUCCCCCUGUCAGCUUCUCCAAGGAGGAGUGCUCCUGA